CUAAGUUUAUGCAAUGUACUUAUUUUCAGUCGGAUAAGAUGGCUCUAGCUGAACCAAGACGUCGGACCAAAUGGACCCUAAAUCCACGGGGAAACAUCUGGGCCAACGACACAAAUAAGUUUGGACAAAAACUUAUGGAGAAAAUGGGCUGGGAACAAGGAAAGGGCCUGGGAGCUAACCAAGAUGGAAGAAUUGCCCCUGUAACAUUAAGGCAUAAAGACGACGCUAAAGGAAUCGGUUUCCAGGGACACGACGAUACUUGGCUCGCUCAUCAGGACGAUUUCCAGGCGGUUUUGGCAGCUUUAAACUCUGAGCAUGGUACUGCGACUGAGAGUGGAGAAAAUACGGAGGUAAAAGGUUCCCUGGAAGAAACGAGUAAGAGCUCCAAGAAGCGUGUUCAUUAUCAGAAGUUUACCCGGGGAAAAGACCUCAAAAAUUAUUCAGCUGAUGAUCUUGGUUGUAUUCUUGGAACCAAAUCAGAGAAAAGAAAGAGCAAAAAGCGAGAAAAAGAAGGAGCUAAAGCUACGGAGGUUGCUGAAACUGAAGUUGGAAAAGAAGAGAAAUCCCAUGGUCUCGUCACAAUUCAGGGUGGAAACUAUCAAGAUUAUUUUAAAAAGAAAAUGGCGGACCUGAGAGCACGUGGGAAAUCCACUUACACUCCUCCAGUGUCUGAUCUGAUCCAGGACGAGGGAGAGGAGGAAGAGGAUGCUGAACCUAAGAUGGUCGGGUUCAAGACGGAAUCCGAGAUAGAGAACAUGGAGGAGUUGAACACUCUUCAGCCAGAGAAGAAGAAGAAGAAAAAGAAAUCUAAAUCAAAAGACAAGGAAGAAGAGACAACAGGGGAACCAGAGAAGAAAAAGAAAAGAAAAAACUUAGAAGAAGAAGUGAUUGUGGAAGAGAAGAAGUCAAAGAAGAAAAAGAAAAAGGACAGCAAAGAAAGUGAUCAAACUGAUGAGUUAAAUGAAGAAAAUGAUGAAAAAGAAACUGAGAAAACUAAGAAAAAGAAGAACAAGAAAGGAAAGAAGGAGAAAACAGACGAAGUGAACGAAGAAAAAGAAACUGACAGCGGUUGCGAAGAAGAGGAGAUGAAACAGAAGAAGAAAAAGAAAGGAAAGAAAGAAAAAUUAGAAAAAGACUCCAACGAAAAAAAACGAAAAGCCGAAGAUACUCCUGAAAAUAUGGCGGAAAUGAAAAAGAAAAAAUCCGUGGAAAGUAAAAAUGAAAAUGCGUCAAAAGUAGAUCCUAAUCUUGGAUCAACACGAUCCAAUCUAUUAGCUAUGGCAGGAUAUGGAAUCUAACCUUUCCUUUAAACAUCUCAUCAGAGCAUUUUUGUGAAAUUUACAAGGUUUCCAUCUUUUUUCUUGUUAAAUCUAGAUUUUUAUUUCAGA